AUGCUGCUGCUCAGCUACGAGGAAGUGAUGAAAGGUGGGUCAAUAGUAAAUAUUAUAUACAUAAAUGCAAGUUGGCAAAAGAAAAGCCAAUAUUCAGAUUUUUUAAAAUUGAACUUGAAUUUUAUUUGAAAAUGCUGCGUAAUCUGAAACUCUGUAAAGCCAAACAAAACCUAAUUGCCUGUGAAGCCUUGUGUAUGUUUAAUUGUGUAUACCCUUGUGUAUAAAGUUUGUGUUAGUUGGUAGAUUUUGUUGUAAGAUGUUUGUAUAUUGUGUUGUUGUUCUUAAAAAUAAAAGGUGGGUCGCCGACUGUGAAGGAUUCACCCAUCAAAACAAAAGCCUUUCAACAGUUUAUUGUACAUAAUUUACAUAGUCACAAUCACUUCUUAGGGUUUAUUAUUGUAUUUAUUUUGAAUUGUCCUAACCCAUCUGCACUUUGACCCUUGUAACCUGCAGAUCACCUGUGCUCUGCAGUCACUGAGCGAGGGGACUUCAAUCCCGCUCCAAUCCAGACAGUGAAUGACUCUGUGUUGCGGUUGGCGGUCCAAGAGGCUAUGGAGUCCCUACUGUCCCGAGCCCAGGCUGACCUGGGCCAAGCACUGCCUCCACAUGUCCACGAGUCCCUCACCUACCUGCAGGAUCACCUGCUGGCCUCCUGUCAUUGA